AUGGCAACGCCAUUACCACCUGCGACUCUCACACACCCGACCUCCUCCACCAGCCCUAAUAGCUCCUCCGCUCUCAACAUCUCUUCAAUAAUCUCGACCCCCGUACCUAUCUCUGUUUCUCGUACUGGAGCAUCCUCCGAAGCUCUACCAGCUUCAUCUGUCGAGGAUCUCACGGCAAAUAUUGUGAUUGUGUUUGGGUCAGAUCAGGAAUACAUAGUACAGCUGGUCGCUGAUGUGCUAGGCAAACCUUGGACAUUAGAGACGUCCCUGGCUACAUUAGAUAAAGGCAUAGGGCUUGUCGGAGUUUUGGCGCAAGAUCUGGAUAAAUUUCUAGAGCGAUGCGACAGAUCGGCUACAAUACUGAUCAAUACACAUUGCGUGAAAGAUGGGUCUGCUCCGGAAGACCGACUUACAGACCGGUGCGACUACGAGUUUUUAUACUCGCGCAGCGCUUGUCUAAGGCGUGAUCUAACCCGCUUCUUGUCCCUGAUUCUGGGCCAGACAAGACCUCACGAGGAAUUGCGCACGAAAACCCGGACGAAUUUUAUAUCGACCACUUUCCCAGAUGUUCAUGCUGCAUUGCCCAAUUUGGAUAUUCUGUCCGUGGGCUCGGAUGCCGUGGAGAUUCGUGUUGAUCUGCUCGUUGAGCCUAGGUUGGAUGAGGCUGCAGCUGACUCAGUUCCUAGCCUCAAGUACGUAGGCCAGCAAUUGAUGCUUCUGCGCCAACAAACUGAAUUGCCGAUCAUAUUCACGACUCGAUGCACGAAAGAGAAUGGCAAAUUUCCUAUGGAUGACCCGAUGUUGUUUUACAAAUAUCUGCGACGAGCGAUCCAAUGGGGUGUUGAGUACGUCGACGUGGAACUAUGGCUUCCAGAGGAGAUCAGGCGAAAACUGUCUGAGGUGAAAGGAAAUUGUAUCAUCAUGUCGGCUUUCCAUGAUUUCUCAGCGACGUGGCAGUGGACGUCACCUGAGGCGCAGCGCAUAUUCGCUGAGAGUGCCAAGUAUGCAGAUAUCGUCAAGAUGAUUGCGAUGGUGAGCACAACUCAGGCGAACUACGAGCUGGAAUACUUCCGGUCGACAAUCAAAAGCCGCGGCCCUGGCCCAUUGUUGUCUGCCGUGAAUAUGGGACAGAUGGGCCAACUCUCUCGCGCACUCAAUACAGUCUUUUCGCCCAUUACCCAUCCCCUCUUGCCCAUGAUUGCAGCUCCGGGUCAGCUAACUGCAGCGGAGAUCAACGAAGCUAUGCACAUCAUGGGCCAGCUACCUAAACGUGACUUAUAUGCGAUUGGCUCGUUUCGAUCAACGCCCCACUCCAUGUUCAUGGAGAAAUGUCUGAAUGAGCUUGGCUUGCCGCACACUUUCGCCUCCAUUGACCGUGGUCCCAAGGGUGUCAUGGAGUCUGUGAUCACGCAGCCUCAAUUCGGUGGUGCCUCAGUAAACCCGCCCAUCUCUAGUUCCACCUCCUUGCUCCCGUCUGUGAGUGACGCGGCGCGUGCCAUCGGUCUGGUGGAUACAAUCGCCAUGAACCUACAAGGAGAUGGUAACACUGACAAACCCCAUCUCAUCGGAGAAAAUGCCACAUGGAAGGGCAUCCGGGCGACUCUAACGCGAGAGUACGUGCCAUCAGCAUACUGUGAACGGGCAGCGAUCAUAUUAGCCGGAUCCGAAACCGACGCAUCAGCUGCGAUCUUUGCACUACGUAGUCUCGGAAUAGGAACCAUUUAUACAGUUGGUUUCAAGGCGGUUGGUCCUCUUGCAGCAGGACUGGAACCAUUUACAUCUAUCCAAUCAGUGAAGCUGGUGGAGCAGCCGUUUGUGAUUGUCUCAGCUUUGCCACCGAAGAAAUCGCUGCUCGUACAGCCUCUUCUGCGGCAUUAUAGUAGUAGCGGCCGCUCUACUCCUACUCCUCAGUCAACGCGGGGCAGAGUUUACCUUGAUUUGACUAUUGGGCCUCGGACAGGGGAUCCAUUGGGCGUAGCUGCUAGUGCAGGGUGGACGGCUUAUGGAUUAGAAGAUGUCAGUCCUUUUGUUCUUGUUGAGACGUUACGGCUUUUAGUCGGGCAGAAUGUUCCCUUUGAUUUUGUGCGAAUGGCAUCAGGGCGGCCUUUAUUUUAG